UUUGCAUAUCUUUUGGGUUUUAUUAGGGUAUAUUCUCCGCUUCUUCUUCCUCUCUCUUCUCUCUAAAAAAAAAAAAUGUAAAAUUUUCACACUGUUGAUCACCUCCACAACUUUAAUAGUUAUCCAUAUUUGAGAGAGAAGAGAGAGGAGACCUUUUGCUUAUUGGGAACCUUUUCUGUUUUCAUCCAACCAGUCAAAGUUGGCGAAUUUGAGAAAGAUUUGAUUCUGGUAUGUAUUUUCACAUGGUGGGCAGUGCCAUUUUGAAUGUUUAGUCAGGCUAUAUCAAAGACUAUUUUGUGGUGUAUAUUCUUUCAUGUGGGAGGUGUGGAUGGAGAUGUCUUUCUAAAGACUACAUUCGUGUUGUACGACAAGUUCAAGAUGUCUUGAUUUCAUUUUCUGAAGACUCUGAAAUACUAACUUGGAAGAACUUUGAACAUUAUUUUAACUAGCCUAUUAUUUUGGCAAAAGGUUUUUGCUGUUGUGAGUGGUAGUGACAGCUGCUAACUUUAUAAGAGAUCCAAAAGAUAGAGACCAACUUAUCUUGCCUAAUGGAGGAAGUAGUUCCUUUAUCAUGCCAGAAGCAGCACAUUCCUGCUAGGAAAUUUUCAUUCAAUGGAUUCUCCAAAGAUCUCUGGGCUGCAGUACAAGACGGGUCUGUAGCUGAUGUUGAUUCUUCUUUGGCAUUCCUCAAGAAGAGUGGAGGAAAUAUCAAUUUUAGGAAUGACUUUGGCCUUACACCUCUUCAUAUAGCAACCUGGAGAAAUCACAUUCCAAUAUUUAAGAGGCUCCUUGCUGCUGGUGCAGACCCUAAUGCUAGGGAUGGGGAAUCAGGAUGGAGUAGCCUUCAUCGCGCCCUGCAUUUUGGUCAUCUUGCUAUUGCUAGCAUCCUUCUCCAGUCUGGUGCUUCUAUCACUCUGGAAGAUACGAAAUCUAGGACUCCCAUUGAUUUGUUGUCAGGACCUGAUUUACAGGGCAUUGAAAAGAAUAAUUCAGCUGCUACAGAGGUUUUCAGUUGGGGCAGUGGUGUGAAUUAUCAACUAGGGACUGGAAACGCUCACAUUCAAAAGUUACCCUGUAAAGUUGAUUCUCUCCAUGGAUCAGUCAUCAAGUUGGUUUCUGCAGCAAAAUUUCAUAGUGCUGCCGUCACUGCCCGUGGAGAACUCUAUACUUGGGGUUUUGGAAGAGGUGGCCGUCUUGGACACCCUGACUUUGAUAUACAUAGCGGCCAAGCUGCUGUAAUAACUCCACGGAAGGUGAUCUACGGUUUAGGGGCACGUCGAGUGAAAGCUGUUGUUGCAGCUAAACAUCACACUGUUAUUGCAACCGAGGCUGGAGAAGUUUUCACUUGGGGUUCCAACAGAGAGGGUCAACUUGGGUAUACUUCUGUAGAUACUCAACCUACACCUCGUAGAGUGAGUUCGCUGAGGUCAAAAGUAGUUGCUCUAGCUGCAGCAAACAAGCACACUGUUGUAGUUUCUGACUUGGGUGAGGUUUUCACUUGGGGAUGCAAUAAGGAGGGUCAGCUAGGCUAUGGAACAUCCAACUCCGCUUCUAACUAUGCUCCAAGGGUAGUUGAGUAUCUGAAGGGAAAGGCCUUUGUUGGAGUUGCUGCAGCUAAGUAUCAUACAAUUGUUCUUGGAUCUGAUGGAGAGGUUUUCACUUGGGGUCACCGGCUUGUUACUCCAAAGAGAGUUGUGAUUGGCCGGAUCCUAAAAAAGAUGGGCAACAUCCCAAUGAAGUUUCAUCGUAAGGAACGUCUUCAUGUGGUUGCAAUAGCUGCCGGGAAUACACAUAGUAUGGCUCUUACAGAGGAUGGCACAUUGUUUUACUGGGUGUCAUCUGAUCCUGAUCUGCGCUGUCAACAGUUAUAUUCACUAUGUGGCACAAGUGUAGCAUGCAUCUCUGCUGGGAAAUAUUGGACAGCUGCGGUUACUGUGACAGGUGAUGUGUAUAUGUGGGAUGGGAAGAAAGGAAAGGAGAAACCGCCUACUUUAACUCGGUUACAUGGGGUUAAAAAGGCAACUUCAAUUUCCGUUGGGGAGACCCAUUUGUUGAUUAUCACUUCUCUAUAUCAUCCUGGUUACCCACCUAAUAUGUCGAAUAAUCAUUCUAUACUCAAGCAGAAGAUGAAAAGUGAUACAGAUGAACUCAAUGAGGGAUUUAUGUUUGAUGAGGUUGAGUCGGAGGAAGUUUCCUCUAUCUCAGAAAAAGACAAUGCCAAAAACAAGACUGCACCAACCUUAAAGAGCCUUUGUGAGAUGGUGACUGCUGAGCAUUUGUUGGAGCCACGGAAUGCUAUUCAACUGUUGGAAAUUUCGGAUUCACUAGGGGCAGAAGAUCUAAGGAAACACUGCGAGGAUAUUGCAAUCCGCAAUCUUGAUUAUAUAUUUACAGUCUCGGGCCAUGCAGUUGCAAAUACUUCACUUGACGUAUUGGUCAUGCUUGAGAAAGUGUGGGAUAUGAAGUCAUCUGAACCCUGGAGUUGUCGCCGGCUUCCAAGUCCUACUGCCCCCUUCCCUGCCAUUAUAGACAGGGAAGAAGAUAAUGAUAUAAUUGAGUCACUUAGAACACGCGGCAAAUGUACAAGCAGGCCAAUUUUGAGACAAGAGAGAGACCAGAGAUUAGAUAACUUCCUACAGUCUGAUGAAAUGAAAGAAGGGGUUCUGAAACAGGUACGAGCUUUGAGGAAAAAGUUGCAGCAGAUUGAGAUGCUUGAAGAGAAGCGAUUCAAGGGGCAGACUCUUGAUGACCAGCAAAUUGCUAAGCUUCAGACAAAGUCAGCAUUGGAGAAGUCACUUGCUGAGCUUGGUGUCCCAGUAGAAACUCUCCAAUCAACAGUAUCAUCCUCUGUUCUUGCUGAUGGAAAACGGAGCAGUAAAGUGGACAUACCUAAGAAGCAAAACAGAAAGAGCAAACAAAAGGCAGCACCACUUGAGGUAGCGUCCAGUCAAUGUGAAAGUGCUGAACCCAGCCCCAGAAAGGGUGCCUCGAGUGUUCAAAUUCCUGAAGUCCAGUACGAGGAUGACCACAAAGGUUUGGAAGGAGCUGCUGCCAAUCAAGAUGCAAAAGAUUCUCCCUUUGUCACCCAGAGACACCUUGGAAACACCUGUAAUAGUAACUGUUCAUCAGCAGUAGCAUCAAAAAAGAAAAAUAGGAAAGGUGGACUCUCCAUGUUUCUAAAUGGUGCUCUUGAUGAUGUUUUUAAAGUUGAACUUCCGCCACCACUUGUGCAAAAAAGUGAAGGCCCUGCUUGGGGUGGUGCUAAGGUUGUGAAAGGCUCUGCAUCUCUUCGAGAAAUACAGGAUGAGCAGAGCAAAGUGGAUACAAAGCCCUUGAAACUCAGAGACCCAGUAGAAGAUCCCUCUGGUGACAGUAGUGGUGGUAAAUUACGGUUGAGUUCUUUCUUACAGUCCAACCCAAUACCCAUGUCACAAACAGCAUCUGUCUCUGAUGUGGAAAAGAACACCCCUCCUUGGGCUGCCUCCGGGACGCCACCUCGUUUACGUCCCUCUCUCAGGGACAUCCAACUGCAGCAGGGAAAGCAGCCAUUGGCUCUCUCUCAUAGUCCAAAGACGAGAACUACUGGCUUCUCUGUGAUGACUGGUCAAGGCUCACCAUCGGAAUCUAGUUGUCCGAGUCGCUGGUUCAGACCAGAAAUUGAGACACCUUCAUCAAUACGUUCAAUACAGAUAGAGGAAAGGGCUAUCAAGGACCUAAGACGGUUUUAUAGCAAUGUUAGAGUAGUUAAAAACCAGUCCUAAGAAUGCCAAUCAAAAAAGCCUAAUCAGAAAAAGGUUCUGAGAGUGCCAAGACAGUUAGAUGUUCAAUUCCUGCUCUGCUCCCUUUGUUCUGCUGGGUUAAAGCUUUUUUGCCCGUAAAUAGGUGUACAGUAUGGCCUAAUGUGUUGGUGUUUGGAAGAUUAGAUUUCUUGUUGCAUCACUUCUUUUGGUGAUCUCCCAAAAUAAUUGGAACUCUCAACUAGCUGAUUUUAGUCGGCUGGUGUUUUCUUUACUCCAUUUCAAAUAAGGAUCCAAUAAAGGGCAAAUAUAUGUAUUUUUGUUCAUGUGUAUUUCUUGGAUUAGUUGAAGACAUACACAUCCAUGGUUUUUCUUCA